CUUAGAUUAUAAACAAAAAAAAUUGAACAAUUAUUAAUUACUAGAUAAUAACGAAAAAAAUGUUUUCACCGUCAAAAUUACGUAUCAACGCGAAGUUAUUUAAAAAAUUACUCGAUGUGCGAUCCUCGUAUGAGCUGUCAAAGGUUCGAUACUCCGACGACACUCCAGAAAUACUGAAGUUCUACAGCGACACGCCCUGGGAACUGGACAAGUAUCCCAAGUUAAGUGAGGACGACUACACAAGGUUCAUUAGCAAGAGAGCUAUGAAGAGAGAACCAGCUGUUACAAGGCAAAUAACGACUUUGGCGUACAAGGUGGGUAAGCAGGUGAUCUCACUGGCGGAGGGCAUGCCCAACGAGGAGAUGUUCCCAUUCGCACGGCUGCAGCUGCGCACCAAGACGGGCAAAGAACUCGUGCUGGAGGGUAGCGAGCUCGCCGCCGCGCUCCAGUACAUGCCCUCGCAGGGGUAUCCGGCGUUGGUGUCGGAGCUGCGGUCCCUGCAGCGGGCCCUGCACCGGGCGCCGACCGCACACGACGUGCUGGUCACCAACGGUGCACAGCACGGCAUCUACCAGUGUGUUGAUAUGCUAGUAGAGCCCGGGGACCCCGUGCUGCUCAGCGAGUACACAUACACCGGCGCACUCUCUGUGCUGAGACCAUACGAUCCAGAACUGAUCCUGAUCCCAGAAGACGAGAGCGGGAUAGUCCCCGAGACACUGGAGUCGGUGCUGGAGAGUCGGUUGGCGCGGGGCCUGAAGAUGCCCAAGCUGUUGUAUGUAGUGCCCAUCGGCAGCAACCCCACAGGCCUCGUUAUCCCCGAGCACAGGAAGAAACAGAUCUACGAGCUGGCCUGCAGAUACGACUUCCUCAUCUUAGAAGACGAUCCUUACAUGUUCUUUAAUUUUACUGGAGUGCGCACACCAUCGUUCCUCUCGCUGGAUGUGUGCGGGCGCGUGCUGCGGCUGGACUCUGCCAGCAAGGCGCUCAGUGCGGGCCUGCGCCUGGGCUGGCUCACCGCGCCCGCCCCUCUCGUCGCACGCGCCGAGCUGCACUCGCAGGCUGAACUGCUGCACCCUUCCACACUAUCGCAGGCUAUUAUCCUACGAGUGCUGUCAGACCGCGCCGAGCUGGCUGAGCACGCGGCGCGCGCGCGACAUUUCUACCUGGAGAGACGCGACGCGCUGGGCGAGGCGCUGCAAGUGCUGCGCGAUCUCGCCGACUGGACGACGCCGCAAGCCGGUAUGUUCUACUGGCUGAGGGUACGCGGUGUUGAUGAUGUCUACGAUAUGGUAUUCCACCGCGCAUUUUCCCGCGGCCUGAUGUUGGUGCCGGGACAGGCGUUUAUGUUCGACUCCGCGCGGCGCUGUAGUCACCUGCGCCUCACCUUCAGCAAACUGCCGCUGCACGUGAUGCCCGAGGCCGCGCUGCAGCUGCGUGACGUCAUACUGGAGGAGCACAAACUUGCAGAGCCGAGACGCCGCGCAGCAGCGCCGCCUAGCAGCAGGUAGCUGCAUUAAAAACUCAAGAGAUUUUAUGAAUACUAAUUG